ACUUUUCAUAAACUACCAGCCUUGUAACUGAGACGUUCGAAGAUUAAAUGGUACAUCUAAACGCAUCAUCACAGGCUGUCACAGGAAACGCUGAUAAAUUGUGAAAACAAGUCAUUCAUAUCUUUCAUCUAAGACAUCGCCAGAAGGAUGUAGAAAAUUGAUCACGGAGCACCACUGAACCAACAACGCAUUUAGCGCUAUUUGUAUGAGGGCCGUUUCAGCACAUUUGUAAUGGGGAUAGGAACGACAGAACGAUUGGAAAAGCCUUAAGGGAGUAAUGCUGUCUUCAGGCUAAAAUUAGAACGUGGAAAAGCAAAACAUUCUCCCACGGGAUAAGGACCGAAGCGGAUUUUCGGGUUCAAACGUCAUUGUCGUUGGAAUAUAUUAAAUCUAAAAUGAAAUACCACGAAUUGGAUAAUAGAAUACCUCAUUGGCAUUAUUGACCGGAACCAAAGGAUACAUACAGAGUGAAACAUAUCCAAUACCACCUCAUUUGCUCAAAUAAGCAGGUCUUACGCUUCUAGAUAGUAAUUGAAUCAGCGAACACAUGUUGGUCUUAUCUUCCACAGUUGCUGCAAUUUUCAACUGGUUCUUUGAGUCGAUAUCGACCUCUAACUGCAGGAGCAGCAAUGCAUAUUCUGGAGUACUGAGGCAAGAUCACUUCUCGUAGCGAUCAAUAGGCAGUAGUCCACUGAGCUCUGUUUCACUGCUGCUCAAGCUCUUUCUGUCGUAGGAUCUUCCUUCGUUCGUUCUUCAACUUUGAAAUUUACCGAAGUUUUCAGAGGAAACGAGUGGUGACAAUGUUGAAAUUCACUGAAUUGAGAGGCCAUUUGUAGAAAGGGAAUUAUGAGCCACCGAUAUGGCAAAUUGGUCAGCAGUUGUUGGUUCAACACGACGGGCCUCCUCCAAAAGAGAAACAAACAGGAUUAAAAGUUUUGCAAACGAAUCUACGGAGCUCAUCCCACUUCACUGCUCGGAUUCUUGCACCAGUCAUGUCGUUCCGGGCAGUUCGAAUCAGAGCACCUCUGACCACGACUGUCGUCUGGCCGGGUGCGAGAGAGUGGUCAUCAACGUUAGUGGACAGUACUUUGAGACAAGAAUGGCUGUCCUUAACAGACACCCAGAUACCCUGCUCGGCAACCCGCAGAAACGGAGAAAAUAUUACGACAACACGCGGGGAGAGUACUUCUUUGAUAGACAUCGGCCGACAUUUGAGGCCAUUUUCAAUUACUACCAAUAUGGCGGGAAAUUACGACGGCCGCCUACAGUACCUGAUGACAUUUUUCUGGACGAAAUUGAAUUUUAUCAGAUUGAAAAAGAGAUUCUCGAUGAAUACAAAAGCGAGGAGGGUUAUAUCGAAGAAGAAAUCAUACUCCCAGAUCACCCUUGUUUGAAAAAAGUGUGGUUGGUUUUCGAAUAUCCGGAGACCUCUCGCUUAGCAUUCUUCGUUGCUAUACUAUCAGUAUUAGCCACCUUCGUUUCUAUUGUAGUUUUCUGCGUAGAAACAAUCCCUGGCUUUGAGUCCACCCUGUGUGUGCCAGGAUAUUUGCCAGAUUUCAGUGAUACAAUUUUCAUUAUAGAAUCAUUAUGCAAUUCAUGGUUUACAGUCGAGGUCGUCGCUCGUUUCAUCGCAUGUCCGAACAAGCUUUCAUUUUUUAAGGAUUUUAAAAACUGGGUCGACAUAGCCGCUGUCGUUCCCUAUUACGUGGGACUUUUCAAUAUUCUAGCCACGAUGAACUGCGACAAUGGAAAGGCGGGUGCUUCUCUAGCUUUUCUCAGAGUCAUUCGACUGGUGCGAAUCUUCAAGUUGACUAAACAUUCAUCAGGAUUGCAAGUUUUAUUGUUGACAUUCCAAGCCAGCAUGGGAGGGCUGGGUCUGUUUCUUGUUGCCCUCUCUGUCUGUAUAGUCUUAUUCUCCAGCACAAUUUACUACUUAGAACUUGGCCAGCCCGGCUCUCAGAUAGAGAGCAUACCGGACGGUUUCUGGUGGGCCGUUAUCACCAUGUGUACGGUGGGGUACGGUGACGUCACACCCCACGGAUACUGGGGUAAAAUCGUGGGGUCACUCUGCGCUCUAGCAGGCGUCCUCACACUAGCGAUUCCAAUUCCAAUAAUCACGGAGAACUUCAAUAAAUUUUACACCCACAAGACAAGGUCGAAAUGAUAAAGACUUACAUGGUUAGGAUUACAUUACAGGGUUUGUCUUCCGCAAUACGUCUCAGUAUGAAGAGCUCUUUCCCAUGACCUAUAUGUAAGGUAUAAUAUACAUGUACGUAUAUGUAUAUACUGCUUUCCUUUAGGGAUUCUUCCCAGUUAUUGUUGACCACAGCUUGGAUAACACAUGAGUAUAUGAUAUCAUUACACCUACUAUGAUAUUUAACUUUUCUUUUUGAGCUAUAAUUAACUCAUCAUAACUGUAUCCGUCUCGUACAUUUUGCUGUCUUGUUAAUAGACACACACAUCGUGUAGCUUAAUUUCACUUUGCACAAACUUUUUUCAAUCUAUAUCCAAAAUAAUGUACUACCUAUUACGUUGACUCAUUUGUAGUUUUUUGUUUCUUUUUGUCCUUUUUUGUAGAAGAUUAAUAUUCACACCACCUAUUCGCAACAGAGGGAAGGAAUGUUAAACACAGUCUACUGUCGUAACAACUUAAUCUAAUGCUCCUCAAACAUCUUCCUUUAAGUGUAAAAACACCAUCUAAAUGCAUUCAGCGUUCAUAUAAGUAUGCGCUUUCAUAAAAAUCGCGGCAAAGGUGUUAUUUAAGCACUACUUAAACAAAUACAAAUUACUUAUACAUAAUGCUAAAUAUUUUAUGAUUGUCCUCUUGACAUUCUGUAGUAUUGAAAGCUCGUAAGCAAUUGCAGAUUUAUACUUUUUUUAUGGCGUAGAAUUACAUUUCCACAGGUCUUACUUCGAUUUAUAAGCCUUCAUCUUUAACAACUUAGUAGUUGAUAUAGACAAGGUACAGGGGUCCAUAUUUGUGAAUCUAUAUGUCCAGGAGUUAGAAUGGUAAUCUUGCAGGCGUCCUUCAAUAAUAAGGCAUCUCUGUAUGUUUCCUCACAAUUCUGGCUUGACAGCGUGUCCUUGUCAAAACUAUGCAAGGAACAAGAACAGUCAAAUAAGAGAGCGCACAAACGUUGAAACAGUCAUCUAGGAAAAGGGGUACCUAAGGAACGAAUAAGAUUAAUGAGCAAUCUCAAGAGAAAGAAAGAAAGACAGGCAAAGAGUGAUUCUGUAAAAAAAUCUUCGAAGACCUGGGAAUUCAAUUGUGGAUAUCAGUUAAUUUGCUGAGGAAGGUGUUUUAAUAAGGAACGCAGCAUGGUGGCCAUUCUUAUGCUCUUUGUAUUACAUUUUACCAAUAGCAGUGUGUGCUACACGUAUAAAACAAUACAACUCCGUAGAUCCAAAUUGAAGAUCGACAAACUGCAGUCGGAUAAUUGACAGUUGAAACGUUCGAUAAUCUGUGAGACAGAUACCUAAUAAACAAAGAUCGUAGUUACGUACGUCUAAACUGAAACAUGCAAACCAAUUUUGUCACUACGCGAGAUCCAUGUACAUUUAAUCGCAUUCCAGUAUUGACCCUUCCUGUGUUAUUCAAAUAUAUUACACCUUAGGAAAUAUAACGUAGGGUUUCACACAAUUGACGUAAAGGCUAUAAGCUCAUAUACUUAUAAGUUAUUACAUGUACGUUUCCAGUUUCAGAUAUAAAUUCCGAUUUGAUUUGCUUUGGCGCACACGGCAUGGCACUAUGUACUGUGCCAUAUAGUGAGUUUAUUACUGAAUACCCAUGGCAUUUUAAGAUGGAUACAUUGGUUGUGUGAAAAGACGACGAAUAUUGCGAAAAAAUAGACACAGGGCGGUAAAAUUGAGUGCAAUUGGUCUAAUGUAAUGUAAACGUGCGACACAAAUAGUGAAAGUUUUGUUAAUCUUGGUUUUGAAACGCAAAGUCUUUUAAAAACAUACUCUGUAAUACGUAGGAAAGUACAGCUGUACUGCAAUUGGACAAGGGGGAGAAAAGAGAGUGUUUAAGUUUUAAGCUUAUGACAGUUAGAACAUUUAUAAUUGAUUCAGCACAAAAACAAAUUAUGCGACUUCUUAUUCAAUUCCAGCUUUUAACUCAAUUUAGAUUUCUGUGAAUUAAUAUAACCGUUUACAUUCUAAGCCAGUGUCAUGCAUUCAGAUUGUACUUUAUAAUUAUGUUCUUCUUUAACUGCAUAUGGUAUUUUGAAAUGUGCCCCUUUGGGAACAACUGUUCUGUGACAGUGGAGUAAAGCACGAUGAUACACACACCACGUCACAGAUGUGAUAAUGUAUAGAAUACUUUAAUAUUGAAAUGUACAUACUAUCGCGGCAUCAUAAAACGGAGGUUGUGUUUAUGACAUGUAACGGGGACCGUUUUGCUGUUUUAUUUCAUUUGACAUUAUAUGACUCAUAAAUUUCAUUACACUACGUAUCAAAGCCUUGACCGUGUGACGCUAUUGUUCUAUGACAGGAAUUUUCAGGAAGAGCUCCAAGAAAUCGCCGAGGGCUUGUGAAAUUUCCAGGAAUUCUAGGAGAGCUAGGAGUUUAAGAACCGUUGCUAGGCUAAAAAUGUUGUUAAUAAGGUAUGGUUGCUUAGUUACCAAUGCCAUACGUUUACAUACUUCCUUUGAAUUGUGAUGAAUAACCUCAGUAAUUCUAAUAAAUACUAUGCACAUAUUGGGUGGAUAUAAAUACGCCAGAACUUGAGAUUUUGAUAACUCAAAAAGUCAUCCAUAAAAAUGAAAUACUAUUACAUAGUAUACUAGUCCAUAUUAUUUCUUUACGAACAGAUAGUAAAGGUUGUGACUCGAUAGUUUUUAUGACAUCCAUGUGGCCCCCAGUAUAAAAUACCAGGGAUUAAGCGUUAUUUGGUCUCUUUCCAUGUCAUUGAUAAUUACGUCUUCCUACAGGAUUCAGCAACAUGCCAUGCCCUUUAGGCCAGAAACUAAUAUUAUGAACAAACUCUAAAUUCAUUAAGCAUUUUGACCAGGUUAGCUGGGUUUAGUGGACGGAUUGACCUUGGUUGCAAAAAUUUUCAUAUUUUAUCCAAAAUUGUAUCCUGCCAUGUUUGACUUUGGUUUUUGUACUGAGUGACUUACAGAUUUUACGAAACUUAUGGAGUCUAAACCUUGAAAAUGUCUACUGGCAUACCAUGAAUUAGUACAUUUGAAAUGUCUUGGAAUAACGUACAACAGAUGAUUUUUGAUCUGUCACAAUCUCGAGUUCGGGAUG